AUGACCAGGGUGACUGUGAUCUGCGCCACACCGGAGGCUCUGAAAGAGGCGUACUUGGCUAUCAUGGAAUUGCCCAAGCUCGGUGGAGUUCGGCUGCGACCAGUGAGCCAGAGCGGGCCGGGCAACCCCCAGCAAGAUAUUCUGCGGGUGAAGAACGGCUUCAACUCCGACUGGAUGCCUAGCGGGUACCGGGAUGUGAAGCUGAACCCCGUCGUGAACGACCACGUGUGUGAGAUUCAGCUGCACCUCCGCGAAUUCUUCGCGUUGAAAGGCGGCCAGCACGUCGUUUACGAGUGGGCGCGGGAGCUCAACGUGACCACCGACAUGCGUGGCGAAGACCUGUGGAAGAACCUAUCCCCCGAGGUUAUGAAGGAGAUGAUGCGCCUGGCUGGGCAAAACUGGCGUGAGACUGGGUUCUGCCUACCGGACUUGCAGCGCGCUGCCGGACAAUACGAUCUGGCCGAGGAGAGUCACCGAAAGCUACCUAAGGGUGCCGAGAACGACGCACGUGUGGCCGAGGACUACGACAGCAAGGAAUCGAGACGGGCAUUGCUCCGUGCUAACGCAGCCAGGGCGAGGCUCGCCCUUGUUUUAGAGAAACAGGCCAGGGCCCUUGUUUUGGAGAAACAGGUCAGGUGCAACAAGCAGCUCAAUUCCGACCACUAUCAGAACGCGCCGAGGGAAUGUUGUUAG